GAUGUAACACUUGCUGAUGUUUUGUAAUCUUUUAUCACUUACGAAGUACCGCUUUCAGAAUUUUCUUACAUAAUGAUUUUUGAGUUUGCUGUUGCCGUGUUUGUGUAAGCGCCUAGAUCCGUUUUAUGGUGUUUUUGUGCAUCCAAGUUAAAAAUUGUCUUUGCGAUAACUUAUCAGAAAUUCAACACACUUUUAUGAGUAACAAUUUCAUUUUUUACCUAUCUGGAAUUGUCUGCGCAAUUGCAUAAUAAAUCAAAGAUGACGAAUAUUUUUUAUCUUUUCGCGAUGAUCUUUUUGAACUAAUUUCAGUAGAGUAACUUUGCCCGUUAAAAAAAUUCACUCUCAGGAAUAAAGGACAGGUCAGCUAAUGAAGUUCCGCUUUAGAUGGACACGAGGUCAAACCUUAUGACAGACCUUGUUCUGUUAAUCUGUUCAUAAUUGCUCUGUAUGAUUGUGAUUGGAGUACUACUUAUCAUGGAUCUGUGCCGUAGAUGAUUCCAUAGUCAUGAGUCGACAGCCCAUUUCCAUACUACCAGCAGUUGCCGAGCGAACUAAAUGGGAUUAUUUGCUCGCUGCAUGUUCGGACGGCACCUCUCGUUGUGAACGGCGCUGCCAGUACGCUGCUGAUAUCUUCCAGCAAUUGGUCCCAAUGCGGGACGAGGUGGAACGUGAAUCCAGUGCGAUGGUUCGUUUCGAAGGCCCCGAUAACCAAGUCUUAAUCACUGGUCAGGAACGGAAUGUCCUCACUGCCAUUCGCUUUCUCGAUGCGAAGGCCCAGGAUAUCGCACUUGCCAAGUCCAAAGGGAAAGCCACUGACAUCAUGGGAGAGCUGGGCCUUAUCAGCCAGACCGGAACGCAAUCUCGAGAGGUUUUUCGACAGGGGCGAAAUCUCGAAUCCGAAGAUUCCAGCUACGAUUCCGAUUACGAAAUUGCCGAAUCUGUUGGUACUCCACAGAGUGAGACUCAGGAGCUUUUUGAUCCUCACCAUGAUGACGUUAGUCGGACAGUUUCAGAUACAUUAGCUGCAGAAUUCGCAGAAUAUGUUACUAGAGAUCCAAAUGCAGCUGAUGCUAAUCGUAGGGAACUUGAUUCUAUUCUGGCAGACCCUAAUUAUACGAGUCGUGUCGAAUUCGCAUUGAAGCUUGGCUACACGGAAAACCAAGUGCAGAUUGCACUGCAAAAGCUGGGUGCGCAGCCCAGUCAGAAUGAACUGCUAGCUGAAUUGAUCAAAUUGGGCGCCUCUUCUUCAGCCAUUUUUCAACCACCUUCGCCUCCAAGGAGACUGGAAAGAAUGGGUGGUGAGGACAUUGUGGUAGAUCCUGAUAACCUAGAAGGCGGAAGGAUAACGUGUGAUGCACUUCUUGACGAUCCAUCAAAUCUGCGACAUAUCGUCAUAGAUGGAAGUAAUGUUGCCAUGAGUCACGGCAAUAAAGAAUGCUUCUCCUGUCGUGGUAUUAAAAUUUGCGUGGAUUGGUUUCGCGCAAGGGGCCAUCAAAACAUCACAGUUUUCGUACCUAGGUGGAGAAAGGAGAAUUCUCGACCUGACGCACCUAUCAAAGACCAGGAAAUUCUUGCUCAGUUAGAAAAAGAGCGGCUUCUUGUGUUCACGCCAUCUCGUCACGUUGGUGGGCGACGUUUAGUUUGCUAUGACGACCGGUACAUCUUGCGUCUAGCCGUUGACAGCGACGGAAUCGUCGUCUCCAAUGAUAACUACCGGGAUCUUGCGAACGAAAGUCCAGAGUUCAAAAAGAUUAUUGAAGACAGACUACUUAUGUACUCCUUCGUCAAUGACAGGUUUAUGCCGCCUGAUGACCCGCUUGGUAGGCAUGGCCCUUCUUUAGAUAAUUUUCUACGCAAGUCUCAUGCUAUUCUCCGCCCAGUAGAACCCUUGCCCCCACCAUGUCCGUAUGGGAAAAAAUGUACUUAUGGGAACAAAUGCAAGUAUCACCAUCCAGAACGAGGAAAUCAACCACAAAAAUCUGUAACUGAAAGGCUUGCUGAACAAGCAAAAAUACCUUUACAAGAAGUUAAAUCUAGAGGAUUGAAAAGUAGAGAAUCAUCUCCAGGUGACAAAUUAAAAUCUUCAUCAAAUGUAUUGAUUUCUGGAGGUACAAAGUCAAAGAAACAGCCAUUAUCACGAACAAAAUCUUUAGUGCCAUCAUCAACUCCUCUAGAAGGUUCAUCAGAGAAAAAUAAUUUGGUAGAACGAACAAAAAGUGACAGUUCUUCAACUAAAUGCGAGGAAAAAGAGAAAUCUAUGUUUCCAAAAAUGGGCACACCAUGUUAUGCAGCACCCACUGGUUAUGGAACUACAUGGUCAUCAGCAAUGCCACAAAUAUCUUUAACAUCUGAAUCCCCACAAUUAACAGCUACAAACAUUAGUGGAAGUUGGGCUACUAUACCCACAACACUUCCUCCUAACAUUCCUGGAUCUUGUGCUGAAAUUUUUCUAGAACCUGAUGGUGGUGGCCAUCUUUUUGUAGCAAAAAGGUUGUCAGACCCUGAUAAUCAUGGUAAUAAAGGAAUGAAAACUUACACCAAACAACAGUCUCAGUCACAUAGUCAUCAGGUACCAGAGGUUGCUAACCUGCAUCGUAAGUUGCAGCGUCAGUUAACUCUUAAUCCUGCUUAUGACCCUCGAUUAGUUCAAAUGGGAAGAUACAUGGAUCGUUCUCACCAAAUGCUUUUACCACCACAAGAAUCUUACAGUAUCUUAAAAUCUCAACAAGAGCAACCAGAUUUAAUGCCACGGUCUAGUAGUCAAGAGAAUAUACAUCUACUGCAAAGUGGUUAUAGUGCCAUGAGCCAUAUUGCUCAUCAACCUUUAAGUAGAAUGGGAAGUGACAGUAGAGUUGCUAGUUCUGUCCACAUGACAUCACAAGUAUGGGAAGGUGUAGGUACUGAACAUCAAACAGUGACACGCAUUGCUAGUGCACCAGAUUCAUACAACCAGUGGCCACCAUCAACUAGAAUGCAACAUCUAAAUAGUACUUCUGAUACUAGAUUAAACAUUUAUCCAGAUGGACAAAUGCAAAGCCAUCAUCUUCAACAUGGAAAUUUUCCUGAAAUACAGCAACGGCAUUGGUUGUCACAAAGUCAUGGAUUGGAUCCUCCAAGACCAAUGUCUUCUGCUGGAAUACAAAUGAUAGGAUCUUCUUGGCAGGAACAGUCUUCGUCUGGCAUGGCAAGAGGUUCAUCACAAGUACUCAGUCAACCUGUGAGACCGUCUAGUGUUCCACCACCGGGAAUGCAAGCUGGUUUAAUUUCUCAGCACCCAGGAAGAGCUGCUUCUCCUGAUUUUUCAGACAGUGCACGUUAUAGACUAUAUUUCCAUCUAGCUUCUAUAUUUCCAAAAGAACAAGUGCAAGCUGUAAUGGACUUGUAUCCCCAGGAAACUAAUCCACAAAAAAUAUGUGCUGCAAUUUUAAGCAUGUUUCCUAAAAGCUGAAUAAUAUACUUUUAAACUAAAGCGAUUUAUUCCUUUAAAAGAGAUUUUUUUGAGAAUUUGUUUACUGAGAGUUUUUGUUUUAUACUACUGUAUCAUAUAUGAAAAUUUUAUGAUUAAGAAAUAUGGUAUAUGAUACAUGCUUCACCAGCCACAUUCUAUGCACAAGACAAAGUUCUUAUAUUGGAAUUAUAUUUAGAUACAUAAAACAUAAGCAAUAUCUGCAAUAUUUGGUAUAAUUGUGACUUAGCAGUUCUGUUAAUAACAGAACUUUUUAACUCACACACACACACAACACACAAAAAAAAAAAAAAAAAAAAAAAAAAAAAAUUACAUAAUCAUUUUAUUUUUGUCCAUCAUAUUAUGUGUAUAAAUGUGAACAACUAAAUGUUUUUCUAUGGUAAAUUAAUUCCAUUUGCAGUUAAAAAAGAAAAGCCGCUUUAAAAAAAAAAUUCGACUCUACUGUAAUGUCGGCUUUUCUUAGCACUGUUUAUGAACUUUGUUGUUCCAGAUGUACAUAAAACUUUAUAUCAAUAACUGUUGUCAUGAAGCAUGCAUGUUGUUACAGUUCCUACUGGCAGUUUUUAAAUAGCAGAAUAUGACCAGAUAAGGAUGUGUUUCUAGUCCAGUAGAUUUUCAGAAAUGAAGAUAAUGCCGCAGUUAGUUUCAAUUUAUACAGGAAUACAUUGUAAAAAUGACAAUGGUACUGUCCUAAUUAGUAAAAACAUCCAAUAAAGAGAACACAAAUCUGUAUUUUUAAAAAGGUUUACUUUUAUUUUACAUUAUUAUGUUAGGAGAAAAUGAAAUGUAUUAUCCAAUGAGUCCUUUAAAAGUAUACAAAUCUUAAUAAAAAUUGUACAUUUACAGUAUGAAAGUAGAGUUAUACAAAUAAAAAUUUUAAAUACACAAGCAGUAAAGUGAUCACUAAAUCAUUGUUUGCCAGCAGUAAUACACUGCUUGAUUUUCUAAAUGAAAAUCAUUCUAGUGUUUUUUUAUUCUUUAUUAGAAAGUUUAUGACUGUUAACAUAUUUGCCAAAAUGCCAAAAAUAAUUAUAUUAAUAAUUUUACAUGUUUUAUUCAAAUAAUGAUUAAAUAGUUACUUACUCUUACAUAUUUACUCAAACAUAUUUGAGUUUUAUAUGUAGUGAUUAUUUUGCUUGGAUGUGUAGAGUUUAAAAAGUACACACAAUGAGCAGGCUCAGUGUUGUGUAUUUAUGAACUGUUGUAAAAUGUAUAUAUGUGUACAGGACAAAAAUGGAUGUGGCAUAAAUGUGGAUAUAUUUAAUUUUGUUUUUGUUGUCAUGUCUUUUUGCACUGCUGUAUCUUCAGCACUUUCGCUUCUGGCAGAUUUGCACUGACCUGCAAACCAAUGUAGCCAGGAGCUUAUUUCUUAUAAAAAAUGUGUAUCAUUAUAUGAAUGGUGUUUACCUUUUUAUCUAGUAUAAACAAUACUGUGUAUUGUCAAUUUAUGUAAAAGGCCAAAUCAGGUCAUAUGUUCAGAAAGCAGCUUGCUGAAAAUGAGUAAAUAUAAAUUUGUGUGUUUUACAUUUCUCUCAUCUGAACAACAUUAUAUUAAUGAAAAAAUAUUUAUGAUAAAUUAUUGCUUUUCUCUUUUCUGAUAUAUUAGAUCACAAGGCUCAUAAGUGGUUGUUUCAUCUUCCUCAAAUACAUUACUGUCAACUGUAAUGCUUCUUUCAGCUAAUAAUUCUUCACUGUCAUUUUUGUUGCUGAAAUAAAAACAAUUUCUCCAAUUAA